AUGUACAACAAGGUUAUGGAACUUACUCAAGACAAGCCUAUUGUUGGUGCAAUGGGGCAAACUGAUGAUGAUGCAAUUAUGGAUGAUGAAAGGGAUAGUUGUACAUUAUUGAAUCAAUUAAUUCAUGAGGAAAUAUUAAAAGUUUUACAUCAGUUGGAGGAUUUGAAAAUUGUCAAUAGUGUAGAUCAGUUGGUCAAGUUGUGGAAUGAUCGGAUCAAGGCUUUGGAUUCAUUUCUGAGAAGAUUGUUCAAGGGAAGAAACUAUUUUAUGAAUAAGUUUCCAAUGGCUGUUGUAUUGGGUUCUCAAUUAUUUGAAGAUAUCUGUCGACAAAUGUUUAAUUCCAAUGAUGAGACAACAGUGCUGGAUUCAUCCUGUCCACACAAUAUGUGUUACCAGGAAAAUGUACCAAACAGUGUAACAUUAUCGAGUAUCAAUACUGACUCUCUGAAAGAAUUAUUUUCCAUCAUGGAAGAAUACUACAAGGAGAAAACAGCAAGAGAAGUUGUCAAAUAUUCACUCCAUCAAACACCAAUUCCAAGACACAAAUUUACCAGAACUAAAAAUUUGCUUCACAACAUUGAUGGUGAUUUGGGAAUUAAAUUUUCCAAUGUUGAUGGAAAUACAUUGAGCAGAGUAGAUAUUCCACUUCCAAAAGAGUGUUGCCAAUUUGGAGAUCCAGUUGCAUUCUACAUUGAUAAUGUCCUCACUGAGGAUGAAUGCAGUGCCAUAAUCGAAAAGACUGAAACGGUAGGAUACAGAACAUUAGAGCAUGAAUUUCUUUCCUAUGAAAGAGAUAACGAUAGAUCUCUAUUGAUAUUCCCUUAUUUUGCUGAUCUACUUUGGAAUAGAAUAAGACCAAUAUUUGAAAAAGAUGAAAAGUUAUGGAGCCAGCAACGACCAUUCGGUUGGCAUAACGAAGGGACAUGGAAUCCAUCCUCAAUCAAUAACUGUAUGAGAUGUUGUCGUUAUAAUGGUCCUUGUGUUGGUUUCGUUCCUCAUAGAGAUGGUAAUUUUGUUCAGAGUGUAGACGAACGUUCAAAGUUCACCAUUAUUCUUUAUCUAAAUGACAAUUUUGAUGAUGGCACUACAGACUUUCUCAGAGCUCACCAACCUGCUUCUAUGGGAGAAUUGGUACGAGAGGAGCUAGAAAGAGGUUUCUCUAAUGAAUUUUCUUUGAAACCUAAAAGAGGCAGAGUAUUAAUAUUCGAUCAUGCUCUAUUGCAUCAAGGAAGACCAAUCCCAAGUGGACACAAGUAUAUUAUAAGAACAGACAUUGUGCUCAAACGAGUGGACAAUCCUCAACCUGACAUGAGUUAUCUCCAAGAUCCAGAAUAUCACAAAAUGCUCUAUCUCUACAAGGCAGCAGCCAAUUAUGAAUGUCAUGGCUUUGUGGAAACUUCGAGCGAAUUAUACGAAAGAGCACUCUCCCUUCGAAUGCAUUACCCUCGAAGAAAAAAGCAAGAAUAA